AUGGAAGUUACUGUGAAAGAUGAGAAAGAUAGGAAAAGCUUUGUAAGCCAAACUUAUUUUAAGCUUAUAUAUUAUUCUGAGUUAUAUUCCUCAAACUAUGAAGAUAGAAUAGAAAUCUAUAAUAAACGCUAUCUGAAAAUUCGGAUCUUACCCCAGAAUAAAAGGAAUCUUGUCAAGACAGAGCUUCAAGAAACACUGAAAGAGAGAAAGAAUUAUACAAAAGAGGCAAGCCAAUGGAAUGCAAUAUUUAAAAGCUUUUUUGGAACUUGGACAUCUGGAUGCGAUAUUAUUGAUAGAAUUAUUUGCGAAUGUCAAUCAAGUUCAGGACUCCCUCUACAUAUUAUGGAAUGGAUUCCAUUCAAUCAAUUCAAAGAUCUAAAACCUUUUGCAAAGGGUGGUUUUGCUACUUUAUACACUGCGGUAUGGAAACGAGGAUCGAUAUUAGAUUUUAAUGAAAGUAAACAAAAAUUUGUUUAUCAGGGUCCCCAGAAGGUUGUGCUUAAAUCUUUAAAUAAUUCAACAGAACCUACAGAAAA